CAGAGGCGGACACCUGCCAAAGAAAAGAGAAGAAGAGUGGCCGGGAGGAACUGCAAGUCUGUGCUUUGAGUAUGAGACGUACUGAGACGUGUGCGUGUAUAAUUACGUGCAUACAUACGCACGCACAGAGUCAACGUACACAAGAAAUCGAGGAAGCACUUCUAGUGAACAUUCUGUAAUGGGAGCUCAGCAGUCAUCAGUCAACGAUGUUCAUGUGGUGGUGGUUGGUGGUGGAUUCGGGGGGAUCACAGCUGCCCAACAUCUUAAGUCUCAGGGACUAAAGUUCACUCUGAUCGACAUGAGAGAUGCAUUUCAUCACAACGUGGCAGCUCUACGAGCAUCGGUGCAGCCUGGCUUUGCUCAGAGGACAUUUAUUCCAUAUGCUGAGACAUUUGGAGACAGCUUCGUUCAGGGUCGAGUGGAUCGGGUAGAUACUGCCAGACAGACAGUGUGUCUGCAAGGUGGGACGGAAAUGUUCUUCUCUCACCUUAUCCUCUGCACUGGAACGGAUGGAUCAUUCCCUGGGAAAUAUAACACAGUGGCAUCGUAUCACACUGCUAUCCAGACAUAUGAAAACUUGGUUAAACAGAUCCAGGCGGCAGACUCAGUUUUGGUUGUGGGUGGAGGUGCGAGUGGUGUGGAAAUGGCGGCUGAGAUCAAGACUGAGUAUCCAGAGAAAAAGGUUGUGUUAGUUCACUCCAGAAUUGGACUGGCAGAUCCUGAAUUACUGCCCAGUGUCCGGCAGGAGGCCAAAGAGGUUUUGCUGAGAAAAGGAGUUGAGCUUUUGCUGGGUCAUAAAGUGAACAGCUUGUCAGAACUGCGCCUAAACAAAACCCACAAAAACACAGUGGUGACAACGGACAAAGGAGAAACUCUGAUCACAGAGUUGGUCAUUAACUGCUCUGGACUCAGGAUCAACUCUGAGGCAUACAAAGAAGAACUAAGUGGAUGCAUGUCUAACAGUGGAGCACUGAAGGUAAACCAACAUCUCCAGGUUUUAGGUUUUACAAACAUUUUUGCAAUAGGUGAUUGUGCUGACAUUAAAGAACCAAAGAUGGCAUACCAUGCACAACUGCAUGCCUCUGUUGCGGUAAACAACAUCAUCUGUGGUCUAAGCGGAAAGCAGCUCACAUCAUAUCAUACAGGUAACGUCACCAUGUUGCUGGCCAUGGGUCGAGAUGACGGCGUUGGACAAUUUAAUGCUGUGAAGCUGCCAAGGUUCCUGGUGGUUCUAGGGAAAAGUCGAGAUCUUCUUCUGUGGAAGAGCUGGAGAGAAAUGGGACAGAAAUACACACAUACAGAGAUAAACACAGACACACCUGAUGCGGUAGAAGAGAUUCACUGUGAAAAUUAGAAGAAGAAAAAAACAGUUACACAUAUGUAAUGUACGUACCACUGGAAGUAUUCAGUCAGUUACCUUUUGUUUGUAACAUCUUGGCGAAACAUCAUUUUUUAAAUAUUUUUUCAAACAAAUAAAAUCCUUUAAACU